AUGAACUCUAGUGCUUUAUACCACUGUGCUCUGUACACCCUGAGUCUGGCAGUGCUUGUUGCUGGGAAUGUCCACCCAGAAUGUGAUUUUAUGACAGAGCUGAAGAAAAAGGAGGCUGACUGUCUGGAGGACGCAGAAGAGCGUGGAAAUGCAACACCACCAGGUUGCAAGAGAACUUGGGACAAAUUACUGUGCUGGCCAGAGGCAGAUGCUGGAGAGACUCUUGCCUUACCAUGCCCAAGCAUCCUCUUUCACUUCAUGAAGGAGCCAGCUGGGAUAGUAAAAAGAAACUGCACAAAGAAAGGCUGGUCUGACCCAUUCCCUCCCUACUACAUUGCUUGUCCAGUAGAAGAUGAGAUUCUGCUUGAAGAACAAUCCUACUUUUCUACUAUAAAGAUUAUCUACACUGUAGGAUACAGUGUAUCUAUCACCUCACUCAUUAUUGCUGUGACAGUUCUUAUUGCAUUCAGGAGGCUUCGCUGUCCCAGAAAUUAUAUCCAUGUACAGCUCUUUUUUACUUUUAUCUUAAAAGCUAUCGCCAUUUUCAUUAAGGAUGCUGUCCUUUUCCAAGAAAAAGACAUUGAUCAUUGCAGCUUCUCUACAACUGAAUGCAAGAUCUCGGUUGUUUUCUGUCACUACUUCAUGAUGACAAAUUUCAUGUGGCUGCUAGUAGAGGCUCUUUACCUAAACUGUCUGCUACUCUCAUCUCUUUCUCAUGGAAGAAGAUAUUUUUGGUGGCUUGUCCUCUUUGGCUGGG